ACUUAUUCUUGCAGUUGUAUAUGAUAUAUGAGAAAAUGGUUCACAGCAAACCCUGUGCUGUCCUUUACUCGAGUCUCUUAAUAUUCAUAUUGCUGCUCUUCUCUUCCGAAAUAGCAUUUUCCAGAGUCUCAGCAUCUUCAAAAUCCAAAGAGAAGACCGGGCAGGAUCUGCUAAUGAAGUCUGGUAGUUACAAACCGACCAGAUGGUUUGCACCGGACCGUAGAGCCCUACUGAGAGCACCAAUUCACGUACCACCUUUUGGUCCGGAGCCAGGAGCGAUAGAUUAACGAUCACGUAGUCCGUAGAGUGCCGCCCUCUUCACUAUCUGAAACUGAAACCUCGGUUGAUUGAGCUGAAAAUUGAGAUGUUCACCUUUGCUUUUCCUAAUAAGUUUUAUUUGUACGUUAUGGAGUUGGAUCUACUCGAAAGCUAGAGAUAACCUUAUAUCUCUCUCUAAUAACAUUGGCUAUGUCUUUUGAGCCUUCCAGUUCCAGAGGGCUUUAUUACAUGUCUACUGUUGCACAUAUUUGUAUCCUUUCAAGGACCUAGCCUUAUUUAAGACUGCCUGAAAGAUUAAAUAAAGAAACUGCUCUAUUGGUAUUGAUCAAAAAAUCUUAAUUUCCCAAAAGCUCAAAAGUAAACAUCUUUUGUCCCACAAGUUUUCUUUGUGAUUUUGAAGAGGACGUCUACGUAUCAAAUGUCGAGGUAUGAAACCAAAAAAAAAAAAAAGAUAACCCAUAAGUGACACAAUCAGGAGUCCUGAGCUGCAAGAAACGAAAUGGCACUAUGUCGCUUCUCCUCCUCUCUUCUUCUUCUUCGUCUCCGUUCAGCUCGCCGGUUCUCCUCACUCCCGAACCCAACAACAACAACCCAAAACGACGCCGAACUGGUAUCAAACAUCCUCCUCCACCACCACAACCCAUUCCACGCCAUGGAGUCCUCUCUCCAGCUCCACGGCAUCACUCUCUCCCCCGACCUCCUCCACCACACUCUCCUCCGCCUCAAGCACAAUUCCAAAAUCGCCCUCGCCCUCUUCCACUACGCCAAGUCCCUCCCCUCCCCGCCCCUCACCUCCCACGCCUUCCACCUCCUCAUCGACAUCGUCGCCAAGGUCCGCCAGUACGACGUCGCUUGGCAGCUCAUCCUCGAAAUGGACCGCCACAACCUCACCCCCACCGCCGCCACCUUCCUCAUCCUCAUCCGCCGCCUCAUCGCCUCCGGCCUCACCCGCCAGGCCGUCCGGGCCUUCGACGACAUCGAGACCUUCGUCCUGACCCGCCCCACCGCCCAAGACUUCUGCUUCUUACUCGACACCCUCUGUAAAUACGGCUACGUAAAGCUCGCGGCUGAAGUUUUCAACAAAAGGAAGCAUGACUAUGUGGCCGAUGUGAAAAUGUACACUGUUCUGGUUUACGGGUGGUGUAAGAUCGGCCGUUUCGAUAUGGCGGAGAGGUUCUUGAGGGAUAUGAUCGAGCGUGGUAUUGAGCCCAAUGUGGUUACUUACAAUGUGUUUCUGGAUGGGAUUUGUAGGAAGGCGAGUUUGCACCCUCAGGACAGGUUUGAGAGGACCAUAAGAAAUGCACUGAAGGUGUUUGAUGAAAUGUCCAGCAGAGGCAUUGAGCCGGACGUGACUAGUUUUUCGAUCCUUCUUCAUGUUUAUAGCCGGGCGCAUAAGCCCCAGUUGUCGCUUGAUAAGCUCAAGGAAAUGAGGGAGAGGGGGAUUUGCCCCACCGUGGCGACUUACACUUCAGUUGUUAAGUGUCUUUGCUCUUGCGGGAGGCUUGAGGAAGCGGAGGAUUUGCUUGGUGAGAUGGUGAGGGAUGGGGUUAGUCCCUCUGCGGCUACGUAUAAUUGUUUCUUCAAAGAAUACAGGGGGAGAAAGGACUCGGAAAGUGCUUUGAAGUUGUAUAGGAAGAUGAAGGAGGAUAGAUUGUUUGCGCCGAGUGUGCACACUUAUAAUAUUUUGGUGGGGAUGUUUUUGCAGUUGAAUCGAGUGGAGAUUGUGAGAGAGAUAUGGGAUGACAUGAAAGAGAGCGGGGCGGGGCCGGAUUUGGAUUCGUAUACGAUGUUGAUUCAUGGGCUAUGUGAGAAGCAGAAGUGGAGAGAGGCGUGCCAGUUUUUUGUGGAGAUGAUAGAGAAGGGGCUUCUUCCUCAGAAAGUUACUUUUGAGACACUCUACAGAGGGUUAAUACAGUCUGAUAUGUUGAGAACUUGGAGAAGAUUGAAGAAGAAGCUCGAUGAAGAGUCUGUUACUUUUGGAUCGGAGUUCCGAAAUUAUCACCUUAAGCCAUACAGGAGAUGAUCAGGAUGUGUUGUAUUUCUUGCUUAUGUUUUGAGUGGAUUAUAGAAUCUGUUGUCAAGUUACUUGCUGCUUCUAUGGUUCACAUAAAGGAAAACAUUAACGAUAACCUUCUUGCUUCAGACCAUAACAGAGAUCUGGAUGCAGUUAGUGUCUUUAGGAAAGUCAUGACAAGUUGUCUGAGGAUCA